AUGCUAAAGCACGUUAGCAGCAGGGGAGGGGAGGACGAGGGAACAGUGCGCACAGCUGCUGGCAACGGCGCUCGUGGCGCUGAGACAGGGCAGCCUGGUGGAUGCCAGUCCACUCCCCUUCUUCCCUUCCUCCCACGUGGCAGGAGCCGACUUGCCCAAGGGCUGUUGGUGACUCACCGCCAGCUCAGCAACCACCAGAUUGCCGCCCAUUUCCUGCUGGCCAUAGGCGGCAUCGCACUGCGCACUAGCGACCUCGUUGGAGCAAAGGACAUUUUGAGAUCCGGACUGACUCUAUUUCGGGCGGCAAGAGACACACAGGGCGUGGUAGCCGUUGCGGCAGAACUAUCACUCUUGUACAGGUCAACAGAUGAGGCGAUGGCAGAGAGUCAGAACGCGGCGUAUCUGAAUCGCAAGCGAGGGGAGCUGAGUCAGCAGGUCAGAGCAGCGGUCGGCACACCGGGGCACGCCAUACUGCUACAGUAUGGUCCUCCUCUGUAA